GUACUCUUGUGUGCCCAAUAAGACUUUCCUGCCCCUCUUAAACAGUUGACUCUUUAUAUUUCUUUCCCCACCUUAUCAUCAGCUGUACAUAUUGUUAACUUUUUUUGCUGGAUCUGCACCUGUAUUUCUCUACCAAUGACUUCAUAUCCUCCACCAGGAUAUGGUGCACCACCACCACCACCAGGCGGCGGGUACUAUCCUCCGCCACCAGGACCCCCUAAUUAUCAAGGUUAUUUCAAUAAUGAUCAAUGUUGUCCACCACCACCACCACCACCUCCUCAACAUAUUUACCACCACCACCAUGAUGAUCACCACCACCAUCAUGAUGACCACCACCACCACCACCACCAUAGUGGUUGUUUAUCAUUCCUCAGAGGCUGUUUGGCCGCUCUUUGUUGUUGCUGUAUUUUGGAAGAGUGCUGCUGCUGCUGCUUCUAGUUGUGCCUGUCAAAAUUGCUAUUUAUUUCUCAAAACUUUUUGUGUGAGGAUUUUCUUGCUUUUAAUUAUAUAUAUGUAUUUUUAAUUGGAGGCAAGUUUGUGUAUAAUGUAAUGGAAGGCUAGUAAUAAUAUAACUAUGGGUGUGUUUGGUAUGAAGGAAAAUGUUUUCCUAGAAAACAAGUUAAUUUUUGACAUAUUUUUUCAUGUUUGGUUGGUGAGUAGAAAAUAUUUUUCGAAA